AUGCCAGAUAUUAUGUAUCCUGUGAGUCAUAUUAGUAGGUACAUGGAGAGUCCAACUGAAAGGCAUUUAUUAGCUGCCAAGAGAAUCCUUCGUUACUUGCAAGGAACCAAUGAUUUUGGUAUUUUCUACAAGAAGGGUGAAAAGUCAAACAUGAUUGGCUUCACUGAUAGUGAUUAUGUAGGAGAUCAAGAUGAUAGAAGAAGCACUUCAGGCUAUGUUUUUAUGCUUGGCACAGGGGUUAUUUCGUGGUCAUCUAAGAAGCAAUCCAUUUACACAUUAUCAAACACAAAAGUUGAAUUUGUUGCUAAUACAACUUGUGCUUGUCAAGCUAUUUGGCUUAAGAGAAUCCUUGAACAACUACAAUUCAAACCAGAAAGAGCCACUACAAUUUUCUAUGAUAACAAUUCAACCAUUAAGUCGAAGAAUCUUAUGUUGCAUGGAAGAAGCAAGCAUAUUGAUGUAAAAUAUUACUUUCUGUGA